CGCAUGUAUUGUUUCAUCUGUUUUACCUUCUUCAAGGAGUAACAGCCACACGCAUCGGCUUUCAGUUUCCUAAUGGCGAACUCUCGAUAAAUUCUGAUGAGUGCGGAAAAGCUGGUCCCACAGCAAGGAUCGUCAAUGGCCUUCUCGCAACACGAAAUCAGCUGCCUUGGAUGGUAUUUUUGGCAGUAAAGACAAACGGCAAAUACACGACAUGUUCUGGUACUAUUCUAACUCAAAGGAACAUCCUCACGGCGGCGCAUUGCAUCAAGCAGAACGACACGUAUCCUACAAGAAUUGUGGCCUACUACAAUAGUACAGAAAAAUUUGACGGCGAAUUCUGGAGAGUGGAUCGAAUGAAGGUGCACCCAGACUUCGACGAAACCACUUUUGUCAAUGACAUCGCUCUACUUCGGGUAGAACGGCCCUUCACGUUCACGACGAGAACACGCCCUAUCUGCAUCUCUCUUGAACCCGUCGACAUUUUUCACAAGCAUGUACGAGUGGCUGGCUGGGGCCGUCUCAAGCAAUUUGGACCAUCGCAGAAGCUUCUGUACUAUACUAGUUUGCGUGUCAUGUCGGACGAGGUAUGCAUGCGAAAAUUCGCCAGUAACGGCUACAACACGACGCUGCAGUUCUGCGCACACGAAUACACAACGGACGCCUGCGAGGGCGAUUCCGGAGGACCGGCCAUUGCACGGGCCAACAACCGGCGCUUCUUGCAAGUGGGUAUCGUCUCGUACGGCGCAGGCUGUGCAGACGAGGAUGUUCCGGGCGUCUACACACGGCUCGAUGCGUUGGUGCCAUGGAUACUCGACAACGUACUGUACGGCACGUGGCUCAUCCUGUAUCCACGUGGCGAAGACUAACGAUUACUAAAUGGUUGAUUUCUUAGGGCUAUAGGGAUCACAUAUGACACUGAAGUAAAUGUUCUCACAGGGCAUUUCGAAGUGUCUUCUUAUUCCUUCGUUUCCUUUCUGCAUCUAAAGUCUAAUAAAGUUUCUUGCCC